AAAUACACACACACACACACACUCGCGUGUUAAUGCAAACAUUUAUAUUUAUAGAUAUAAUAACUCUAUAUAAAGCUGUUUGACAUCUGAGGCGCACAGAAGUGAGCGUGAGCUAUAACGCUUUGAUAACGCGCUAUCGGUUAUGAUCGCGGAAGAGGACGCGUAACGUUACAGGCUUUAGGGCAGGGUUUAUAAAGAGAUUUGAUAUAAGAUUGUCGUCAGUUUAAGGUGGAGACUGCGAAUAUAACAGCAAAAUGAGCGCAACACUUCUGAUAAACAAACUGAGGACUGCUGCAGCUGUGAGCCGCAGACUCGUGCUCAAUGAUCCGGUGAUUAAUCGCACACGCGUCGCAUUUACAGCGAGAUUCUACAGCGCGUUCAUGUCUGACUCUCUGAUCUUCAGACAGCUGUUUGAAGCUGAAAGCAGCACGUACACAUAUCUGCUGGCGGAUACAGAAACUAAAGAGGCCGUACUCGUCGAUCCUGUACUGGAAACUGUAGACAGAGACCUGAAGCUUAUCAAUGAACUCGGCCUGAAGCUCAAAGUGGCCUUAAACACUCAUUGUCAUGCGGAUCACAUCACCGGGACGGGGCUGUUAAAGAAGAACAUAUUUGGGCUGAAGAGUGCCAUCUCCAAACACAGCGGAGCCGCAGCGGACAUUCAGCUCUCAGAGGGCGACCGCAUCGCUUUCGGAAAACACUAUCUAUCGGUCCUGGAGACCCCUGGACACACCGAUGGAUGUUUGACUUACGUCACUGAAGAUCAGAGUAUGGCUUUUACUGGGGACGCUCUUCUCAUCAGGGGCUGUGGACGAACUGACUUUCAACAAGGCAGUCCUAAGAGAUUGUACAAAUCCAUCCAUAAGAAGAUUUUCAGUCUGCCUGGAAGCUGUUUAAUUUAUCCUGCACAUGAUUACAAGGGUCAAACCGUGUCCACUGUGGAUGAGGAGAAGAAAUUUAAUCCACGUCUGACAAAAUCACAGGACGAGUUUGUCAAUAUCAUGAACAAUCUUAAUCUACCCAAACCCAAAAAAUUAGAUAUAUCAGUGCCUGCAAACCUGGUGUGUGGUCUUCACGAUGUUUGAAUGAAGAAAAUGAUGAAGAUGACCUGAUGUCACUGCAUUUAAUGAGAUUAUUGUAAUAUGAAUAAGGUAUAGGGUUGGGAUUCAGGGUAAAUAGAAGUGAACGAGGUAAAUGACUUUUGUGUCCUUUUAUACAUGAGAAUAAAUAAAAUGCUUUGAGUCAGGUUUUAUAUCAUGUGCUGAACAAUCGCUUCAUGUAAGAAAUCAAAUUGCCUUUCUUUAAAUGCUUUAAAUAAUCGUAAUUUUAUGUGUAAUCUUAAGAAGAUGUAAAACUGAUGGGAUGAUAUAUAUUUUAUCUUUGUAAUAAAUCUGUUUGGUUAAACCUCAGAAGUCUGC